AUGGCGAAGCAGGAUGAGUCCAGAGCCUUGGAGAGAACCCCGAGUACCGACUUCGAAACAGAAUCACUGCCACCGCCUCGAUAUACAGAAAUCUGCGACCAAAGUUAUGAGCCUAAUCACGAUCCUGAAACCGUGGUAGCUUCGCCGGAGACGCCCUACCACAUCAGAGAUGACGGUCGUGUUGAUAUCAAUUUCAAGUCAAGCUUCAUUCAGACCUUUUCGAAAUGCUUUCCUUCUGGACCCGACGAGGAUGCACGACCGGCUCCUCCUGUUUAUGACGCCAAACAGCAAUCUGGUCCCAGUACACUACCAUAUCAGACAUGGAACGUCAAAUUAAACAUCGUGAUUCAAGUUGUAGGCAGCCGAGGAGAUGUACAGCCAUUCAUUGCCCUGGGCACAGAGCUACAGCGUCACGGUCACAGAGUCCGACUUGCUACCCACGACAUGUUCGCUUCCUUUGUUCGAUCGGCUGGGCUCGAAUUCUAUCCCAUAGGCGGUGACCCAGCUUCGUUGAUGGCCUACAUGGUCAAGAACCCCAGUCUUAUGCCUUCCAUGAAAACCGUGAUCUCUGGCGAGAUCCGUCGCAAACGUCAAAUGGUCGGCGAGAUGUUAUCGGGAUGCUGGGAUUCAUGUGUGCUGCCAGAUCCACUGAACGGCCAACCUUUCGUUGCGGAUGCCAUUAUUGCGAACCCCCCUAGCUUUGCACACGUACAUUGUGCACAAGCUCUGGGUAUCCCAGUUCACCUCAUGUUCACAAUGCCGUGGACUGGCACUCGUGCUUUUCCACAUCCUCUAGCGAACCUGACCAACGUUGAUGGCAAUCACGCAGCAGCCAACUGUCUGUCAUAUCACUUAGUGGACUGGAUGACCUGGCAAGGGCUGAGUGAUGUGAUCAAUGAUUGGCGAGACAGCAUUCAAUUAGAACCUAUCAACCUUCUCGAUGGACCUACAUUGGCAAAGACACUCAAGAUCCCAUUCACCUACUGCUGGUCACCAGCGUUGGUACCUAAGCCUAACGACUGGCCUGAGUAUAUUGACGUGUGUGGAUUCUUCUUCCGGGACACGCCUGCAUACGAACCCAAGCCGGACCUCAUCAAGUUCCUAGCUGCUGGACCUCCACCCAUAUACAUUGGUUUCGGGAGUAUCGUCCUCCAAGAUUCUGCUCAGAUGCUGACUACAAUCCUCGAUGCCGUGCGUUUUGUUGGUGUGAGAGCUGUUAUCUCGAAGGGAUGGGCUAAUCUUGUGGGCGAAGCAAGUCAGAACGUGUACUACAUUGAUGACUGUCCACAUGAGUGGUUAUUUGCUCAUAUGGCAGCUGUCGUGCACCAUGGCGGCGCGGGUACCACUGCUUGUGGGCUUCGCAAUGGUCUUCCAACUUUGGUCUGUCCAUUCUUUGGAGAUCAACCCUUCUGGGGCCACAUGAUCGCACACUCUGGUGCUGGGCCUGAGCCUUUGCCGCCACGCAAGAUGACUGCUGCAGCACUCGCUGAAGCCAUUGAGUUCCUCAUGAGAGAAGAAACGUCGGCUGCGGCAAAAGCUAUCGCUCGAAGAAUGGAAAACGAACAAGGUGUCCAGGCCGCUGUGGAUUCCUUCCAUAGACAACUUCCUCGCGAGAAGAUGCAAUGUGACCUCAUCCCGGAUCAGCCAGCAGUAUGGACGCUCAAAUCAGGUCGCAAGCCAGUCAAGAUAUCUAAACUGGCUGCUGAGGUUCUGAUAUCGCAGUGGAGUAAAAUGCGAAAAGAGCUGAAACCGCAUCAGACAAAUCCCUUCUCGAUUGAACCUAUCAGGUGGGAUCCUGUGAGUGGUGCCGGAUCCGCACUGACAGGAACGCUGGUGGACAUUACCGGCUGCCUCACGGGCAUGGUGACCGAGCCGAUCAGGGUGUAUGGCGAAGAGCGACGACAACAAGCUCGAGAAGAUGCAGAUACCGCCUCUGUUGACUCACAGCAGCUUUACAAGGCCGACAGGCUCAACAAGUCAAGUGCAAGUAUCAAUACGGACAUAUCGACAAAAUCACGCGAGAAGCGACCAUCGGCAGGAGGCAAAGCAGCAAUGGCGAGCGCAAAGAGUCUUGCUUGGCUAGCUCCGAAGGCCAUCAAAGGCUUCACUCUUGACAUGCCUCUAGCCCUGGCAGAAGGUCUGCACAAAGCACCAAAGUACUACGGCGACGAAGUACGCGACAAUGGCAAAGUGACAGGAGCCGGGAGUGGUUUUGCUGUAGGUGGCAAAUCCCUCGCAUGGGGUCUGGUGGAUGGCAUCUCAGGUCUUGGUUUACAGCCUUACAAAGAUUACAAAAAGUCAGGGCCUGUAGGUUUGGCUACUGGCUUUGGUAAGGGGCUAGCCGGUCUUGUAACCAAACCUGCAGCUGGUGCGAUUGGCGCGUUUGCUCACCCUGUGGCUGGUAUUGCGAAGAGUGUGCGCUCUGCGGUGUACAGCCAGUCGCGAAAGCUGAUCGAUGCUCAGCGCGCUGCUGAAGGUCAAUGGCUAGUCGAGAGUCAGCAACGGACUGGAAGCGACAUAUGUGCGUUGAUGGAAAAGUUCAAAGCAUUGAGUGCAUAG